AUGGGUAGUUUUACGUCACAGGAGCUGUUUCAUGAUCCCGAUGAUUUCGAGCGGGUGAUGUGUGUGAACGUCAAAGGCGUCGCAUUAGGCAUAAAGCACGCGACGCUUGUGAUGAUACCUAGAGCUACCGGUUGCAUAAUCUCGACUGCUAGCGUGGCAGGUGUUUCAGGAGGAAUGGGUCCACACGCCUACACAACAUCCAAACAUGCCAUUGUCGGCCUCACUAAGAACACUGCCUGCGAACUUGACUGCUAUGGUAUACGUGUCAACUGCAUUUUGCCGUUCGGAGUUGCCAUGACGAUGCUCGUGAACGUGUGGAGGGAUGACGAAAACUAG